AUGUUGCAGGUGGGGCUCAACAUGCCCCGGUCCCCCGGGGGGGCAGCUGGUGACUUCCCCACGGCUGAGCCGGCUGAGGAUGAUAACACAGGCCCUGGGCAAGGUCUUUGUCCUGCAGAGAUGUUUGGCUCAUCUCCAGUCACCGUGGUGAUCACCUCUGAGACUGACACCUGGGACAUCGACGCCUCCUCUUGUCUGGGCUGUGGACAGUUUGUGGACUGGGACAGGAUGCCAGACCUGGAGCAACAGGCUCCUAUCCCCAGAGACAUCCUCAGCAGGCCCCUGAAGGAGCUGAAGAAGCUGGCAAGGGAAGGGGCCUGGGCAGCGAGCCGCCCGUUGAGAGCUCAGGUGUACCAGCAGCUGCUGCAGCAGGUCAGCUGCCGGCUCGUCACCCCGGACGCUGCAGUCUACCGCGACGUGGCCAGUCGGCUCUUCGGCAAGCUGAGCGUCAGCUCCCACCCCCUGCCCGACUUCCUGGAGGCCUGCUCCAUGCCAACCUACUGCCUCAACCUGGAAGGGGUCACCGCCCUGAAGAAGAUCCUCAUCUGUGUCGGCCACCUUUUCCCUGACAUCACCUACAGCCCAACCCUGCCCUCUCUGGUGGCUCUGCUGCUGCACUACAGCGAAGACGAAGCUCAGUGCUUCGAGAACAUCUCUCGCCUCAUCGCCAGCAACGCUCCCCACGCCAGCUACAUUGACCAGUCCUUCCUGGCCCACCAGGCCUCCUGCAUGACUUUUGGGGACCUGGCCAACAAGCAUUGCCCAGCAGCUCACAAACUCAUAGCCAACUCCUCUGAGAACAUCUUUGAGGUCUACUCUGAGUGGUUAUCGUGGCUCUUCCACGACCUGCCCUUCGCUUACGCCAUCCGUGUCUUCGACGUCUACCUGCUGGAGGGGCAGAAGGUCCUGUACCGCAUUGCUCUGGCCUUGCUGAAGCAGUACAGGCUCUCAGUGACCUCCUCUGAGCUGGAAGGGACAGAUAUCAAAGCAGACCUGCAGGCUUUCGUGCAGAACAUUGCUGACCAUGUGACUGUGGACAAACUCCUGGAGAGAGCCUUUGGCAUCCGGCUGUUCUCCCGCAAGGAGAUCUGGCUGCUCCAGAUGGCCAACAGGAAGGCGUUAAUGGAGAGGGGGAUAACCAUGGUGCAGAGCAGGCAGUCCUUCCACCUGGCUGUGGACAUGCAGAACUUCAGCUCCAGCAUCGUGAGCGCUCAGGAGAUGCGCGUCGUCUGGUCCUGGAUCCCCGAGCGCUUCUCCCUCUUCCCACCACUGCUGCUCUUCUCCACCUCUGAAGAUGGCUGCAGCCUGCAGAGGUUCUACACGUGCUGUGAAGGCUACGAACCAACAGUGCUGCUCUUAAAAACAACAGAGGGAGAGGUGUGUGGGGCAUUUCUCUCCUCUGAUUGGAGUGAAAGGAAGAAGAGUGGAGCCACAUCAGGCUUUUUUGGGACAGGGGAGUGCUUUGUGUUCACUGUGCGCCCCAGGACAGAGAGGUACGAGUGGGUGUUCAUCAAGAAGCCGGAGCUGGCCAAGGCUGUGCCCCGCUCACGCCAGCGCUCGCCGUCCCCCUGUCCCGCAGCCCUCCUCAGCUCCUCCCCGGAGAGCCGGGGCAGUAGCUCCAACCACCUCACCGUGCCCACGCCGCAGAGGAGAGGUCGCCUCUCCCCCUUCCUGGCCAUCAGGCACUUCCUGCUGCCUUCCAAAACAGCCUCCAUGUUCAUGGCCGGCUCUCGGGAGGGGAUCAUCAUCGGGGGAGGGGGAGGCCAAGCUCUGUCCCUCGAUGCCAACCUGCUCUGGGGCCGCACAGAGCACUGCGAGACCUUCGACAACCCUCCGCUCUGCCAGGAGAACUUCAAGGUGCAGCUCUUGGAAGUGUGGGGCUUUCAAAACUCCUAG